CUUCUUCCUUUCUUGGCUCAUCCUCCUUCCCUCUUCCUCCAAAUUUGACAAAGCUUUCAACUUUCUCUUUUUUGGGGGUUUUGGGUAUUUGUUUAUAUCUUCCAAGUAUUAAAAUCCAUUGAUUUUGAUCCAAAAACCAUAGUAAACAGUGAUGAACAAAGAAAGAAAGAAAGAAGUAAUUUUUCGAUUAAUAUUCAUCAUGUGCACUAUAGAAAACAGCAGUAAGCAGCAUUAAUGGCAGAAAAAUCCUUCUUUCUUCAAAUCUUAAACAUCACUACAAAACCCAGAAACAGAUAUAUGAAUGGCAGCAAGAAUCUCCAUCAAACACUUAACCCCUUAUUUUUCUGCAUCCAAAUUCUCUUCAUUAACACCUUCUUAUCAAUCCAAUGCUUUGGAAUUUCUUGAUUCUUGUCAAAGCUUGAAGGAGCUCUUUCAAAUCCAAGCACAUUUGAUAAUAACUGGUCUUUUACAAGUACAAAACCCCUCAUAUUCUUGCAGAUUUUUGAAGCUCUGUACUCAACAUUGUGAUACUGAAUAUACUGCAUUGGUAUUUAGGUGCAUUCAUUUUCCAGAUACUUUUUCAGUUAAUACUGUUAUAAAAGCUUAUGCUUGUAGUUCUUUGCCAGAUAAUGCUGUAAUUUUCUAUUUCCAAAGGCUUAAAAAUGGGUUCUUGCCUAAUAGUUUUACGUUUUCACCUCUCAUGAGUGCUUGUGCUAAAACGGGUCGUUUGGAUUCGGGUCAGAAGUGUCAUGGACAAGUUGUGAAAAAUGGUGUUGAUGGAGUUUUGCAAGUGCAGAAUUCUUUAGUGCAUUUUUAUGGUUGUUGUGGUUUAAUUGGUCUUGCUAGGCAGGUAUUUGAUGAAAUGCCCCAGAGGGAUGUUGUGUCUUGGAACAGUAUUAUGAAUGGAUAUUUAAAAGUGGGGGAAUUAGUCGUUGCGCGACAGUUAUUUGAUGCAAUGCCAGAGUGUAAUUUAGUUGGGUGGAAUGUCAUGAUGACUGGGUAUUUGAAUUCGAAUAACCCAGGGAAGUGCCUAAAGCUGUUCCGAGAAAUGGCACAGAGGGGAUUGAAUGGGAACGAUACAACUAUAGUCAUUGCGCUUACUGCUUGUGCUAGGUCAGCUCGGAUGAAGGAAGGAAAAUCUGUUCAUGGGUGUCUUAUUAAGGCAUCUAAAGACUUGAAUUUGAUUAUUAGUACAACUUUAAUCCAUAUGUAUAGUAGAUGCGGAAGAGCAGAAAUUGCUCGUUUAAUUUUUGAUCAGAUAUUGAUCAAGAACAUAGUGUGCUGGAAUGCAAUGAUUUUGGGGUAUUGCGUUCAUGGAAAUCCAAAAGAUGGGCUUAAUCUGUAUUCAGACUUGUCGAGUAGUAGAUUAGAAAGUACAGAAAAAAAACGUGUUAAGAACCGUGUGCUUCCAGAUGAAAUCACAAUUGUCGGCGUCUUAUGCGCUUGUGCCCGUGAAGGACUGUUAACAGAAGGAAGAAAACACUUUGGCAACAUGAGUGAUGUAUUUGGUAUAAAGCCCAGCUUUGUGCAUUUUUGGUGCAUGGCUAAUCUUUUGGCAAACGUUGGCCUAAUGCAAGAAGCAAUAGAAACACUGAAGAACAUACCAGUGGAGAGCAAUUUGCCACUGGAAUCCUCAUUGUGGUCUGACUUGCUUGGCUCAGCCCGCUUUGGAAGGGAUGUUAGCGUAGGAGAACAAAUUGCAAAUAAGUUGAUUGAUCAAGACCCCAAGAAUUUUUGGCAUUAUUUAUUGCUGGUGAACAUCUAUGCUGCAGCUGGUCGUUGGGAUGAAGUGGCUCAGACAAAGGAGAAGAUGAAGAAUAGAGGAAUAGAAAGAACACCAGGUUGCAGUUUAAAAGACUUGAAGGAAAUUGUUCACAACAUGUCAGCCACAUAAAGUGCAGCAUCUUCAAUGGAAGCUAUUGAUGAAACUAUGGCCAACUGUCCUUGCAUCGGAAGGAGCUUUGAAAAAGCUAAGCAUCAUGGGAGGCUUUACUGAUGACUUCCUUACACACCUAAAUGUCUGGUGCUCUGCCCUUGUCUGAGAAUGACUAAAAGUACAGAUAUGCGGGGCUCAUGGGAUGCUUUACUGGAUUUCUGAUUUCAAAAUGGAUUUUGGAAUAAGGAAUGACUUGGAAGAUGGGAAAAAUGAAGAUAGCUGCAUACUGCAGUCACAUCCAACUCUGGGUCUCUACAAGAAGGUCCAUAAACAGAUGGGAGAUGUGUGGAACGGAAGGUGAUGGUAUAAACUGAUUGUGAAGAUGAUGCAAGAAAGGGAAGAACGAACAUUGAACUUGCCCCUAAAUCAAGGACAGCGAUAUGGCUAUUCUUGGUCCAACUGAGAUGAUAGAUGAUGUAACUGGUGAAUGGAAGCUUCUAUAGUGGCAGUCACCUAGCUCUCUUUUUGACAUUCAAAGGGUAAAGCUUUCAAGAUCCUGAACAGUGGCAAUAAAACAGCAUCAGGAGGAAGCUGGACAUUUCGGCUGAUAAUGAAACUUGCAGUUCCUUUUUAAGCUACAUAACCUAUUAUUUCACUGAAUGUCCUUGCUUAGUUUGAAUACACAACACCUGAGUUUCCUUCUGUGUUUAUCUGCAGAGUUAAUUCAGUGCAUAUAAAUAUCCCAAAGUUUACAUUGGUUUGUCGUCCAUCAGUUUAUGUGGUUACCAACAUCUAUAUAAGCCUUUAUGGCGUUAUGCCUUUUUGUAUUCUGAAAUCUAAAAGGUACAAUUACCUCCUCAUCUAUAAAUGGUGGGUGAGCAAGUUUAAUGGAAGAAUGACCAGCUUCUUGUACGUCACUAUUACAGAAAACUAUAGUACUUGUCUUAAGAUUUGCAGCUAUAAUUUCAACAAGUCUGUUGAGCUUCUGUACAGUUUCAAUA